GCAAAAGCAUCCGCACCACUCAUUGGUUAACCCUAAUCGACGUGCUUACAUCCUACAUUCUCAUUGGUUCGUUUGGAUGACAGCUUCGCCGGUUUACAAUGUAGUUUUUUCGUGUUGUAUAAGAGUGCAAAUAGUAAUGUGGAAAACUACAAUUCCCUACUCUUAAAAAUUCACUACGCCAGUGCUGUCAGACUACGUAGAAGGUCACACGCGUGCUUGAGAACUCUGAGGCUGCAACUGAGAUAAAAAAAAAAAUCUGUCAGUCGACUUAUUACACGGGUAACCAUUGCAUUGUAAAAAAUGUAAAUGCUCCCAAAUAUGCAAGUAAAAACGUGGCGUCUCGUUUACUAAUAACAACAACAACAACCCGUUGUCUAUGCUCCUUAGCUAACCUAGCUUAAGAUUUCACAUCAUCGCUGCAAUGUUUAAAAGCCUCGCAAGACUCCACCAUCAGUUCGGAAAAGCACUGUCGCAGUGUAAAACACGCACGAAGCCUCAAAACUUCGAAUGCUCGUUAAAAUACUCCUCAUCGGCCGCGACAGAGAGAAAACGAUUUUAUCAGGACGUCAGUAUAUCUCAAGGUGAAGGAGGUUUAUUUGAGAUAAACCUAGACCGAAGGAAGCUGAAAACUCCUGGAGGGAAGCUGUUCACCGUGCCAAAUGAAGCCCUCGCCAUCGCCGUGGCAACUGAAUGGGAUGCUCAAAGGGAUACGCUCAAGUUUUACACCAUGCACAUGACAACACUUUGCAACACUGCUUUGGACAAUCCCACACAACGCGACAAGGACCAAAUGAUCAGUGCGGCAUUGAAGUUUCUGGAGACAGACACUGUUUGUUACAGAGUUGACGAGCCCUACGGUUUGGUUGAUCUACAGAAGAAUGAGUGGGACCCUGUAUUGCAAUGGAUUGAGAACAGAUAUAACGUAACUAUCGGGUCCUCGUCCAAUAUUAUGGGCCCAGAGAUCCCUCAGGCUACCAAAGAGACAUUCUGCCAACAUCUCAAAUCAUACAACUUCUGGUCUCUCACAGGACUUGAGUACGUCAUCACCCAGCUGAAGUCUGUCGUGUUAUCACUUGGGAUUAUUGACAGACAUUUGAGUGUGGAGCAGGCUGUGCUGCUCUCUAGGCUGGAGGAGGAAUACCAGAUUCAGUUCUGGGGAAACGUGGAGUGGGCUCACGACUAUGACAUUUAUGAGCUAAGGGCUCGCACUGCUGCCGGCGCUCUGUUUGUUCACCUCUCGUCUGAGAGUUCGACUGUCAAACGCAAACUUUUGCAGGAUUGAGAGGAAGCUAGAAGAACGAAAUGCAAGCUUCCAGAUCAACUGACUCAACACAAUGUAUGACUCAAAUAGUAUAUAUCCUGUUAACUUUAUUCUGUAUUGACGGCUGCUCAGUCUCUCACCCAUUGUGCUCAUGUCCACCCUUCAAAAUACAUUCUUUGUCUGACAGACACCAAAUGUGUGUGUGUGUGUGUUAGAGGAGCCCAUCCCAGCUAACCUUUGAGUUUCCAGCCUGCUGUCUACUACAUUGAAACAUGCUAAAUGUGUGGAGAAUGCACUAAAUAUUUCUGACCAAUAGAUUUGCAGGAGCUACCACAAUAUGCAUAUAAAAUGCACAUCA